AUGGUCACUCGUGACUUCAUCGGAUUUCUGCUGUUCCACCUCAUCUCGGUGCCUUUCUUGCUCAUCCGCCCUGAAAAUUCGAAGCCCUAUGUCAUCACUGCGAACGUGAUCGUCCUCAUCGUUAUGCUGGCUAUCACCAUCUGGGCCGGCGUAAACGGUGGGACUGGACCCCUUUUCGCAUCGGGCGCUCGCCAGCCUGGCGUUCUCUCCACCGGCUGGGCCUGGGUCUAUGGUAUUAUCAGCAAUCUUGGCGUCAUCUCUGCCGGCAUCGUCAACCAAAGCGAUUUCACCCGCUUCGCCCGCCGACAGGGCCUUCAAGUUCCCGGCAUGGCCUUUUCCCUGCUGGUUCCGGGAAUGAUUGUCCCCAUAUUUGCCAUCAUCACGGCCUCGGCGUCCAUGUCCAUUUGGGGGCUCGAGGAACCUUUCUGGAACCCACUCUCAGUCAUCCUGCAAUGGCUCAUCGACGACUACUCGCCCGGCGCCCGUGCCGCAGCGUUCUUCUGUUCGCUGGGCUUCGUGAUCGGUCAGAUCGCCGAGAACAUCAUGGGUAACUCGUUCGCUGCGGGUAUGGAUCUCGCCGGCCUCUUCCCCAAGUUCCUGACCAUCAAGCGCGGUGCCCUCCUAAGCGCGCUGCUGUCCUGGGCCGUGCAGCCCUGGGAGUUCUACAACACGGCCUCCGUCUUCGUCGCCGUUGCAGCUUCUUUUUCCGUCUUUCUUGGACCCCUGACGGGCAUCAUGAUCGUCGACUACUUCGUCGUUCGCCGGCAGCGCGUCGAGCUCAGCCAGCUCUACACAGGCUCAAGCGACGGAAGUUAUUGGUACACAUGGGGCAUUCACUGGCGUGCGCUCGCCGCGUGGGUCAUCUGCUUUGUGCCUGCCAUGCCGGGCAUGGUAGCCAACGUCAACCCGAGCGUCACCGUGUCGGAUGGCCUGCAAAAGUACUUCCUCGGCAACUAUCUUUUCGGGUUCGCCGAAGCUGCUGUGCUGUACACGGUGCUGUGUCUCAUAUCGAAGCCGAAGAAUGCGGGCAUGCAGGACAGUGUUGACAUGUAUGGCACGUUUGACGAGAACCAGGCGAGGGUCAAGGGUGUGGUGCCUUUUGAGCGAGUGAAGGAUGCGGAUAUCCCUGGCGAGGAACCAGCGAGAGAAAUUGUUGAGGAUCAGAAGAAGAUGCGGAACUUGAGGGAGUGAUACGAUGAGUCUAUU